AUGUUUCUGCAAAUGCUCGUUCGGAAAGAGGAUCGCAGCGCUUUGUUAUUCCCGUAUAGAGAUUCCCCAGAGCUUCCUAUGAGUACGAUGGUGUCCGACGUCGCGAUAUUCGGAGCAGCUUGCUCGCCAGCACAUUCACAGUACGUGAAGAAUUUAAAUGCGAUAGAACAAGAAGCAGAACUUCCGCGAGGGGCGGCAGCUGUAAAAACAAGGCAUUACGUGGACGACUACGUAGAUAGUUUUGACACGGCAGUGGAAGCAUUCGCGGUGGCGAAAGAAGUAAUCGAGGUGCAUAAGCGAGCGGGGUUUCACAUCCGCAACUGGAUGUCGAGCGACAGGAGCGUGCUAGACAAGCUAGGUGAAGAAAGCCAGAAGUCAUCGAAAGCCAUGUUACCGGAGCAGGACAUUGGAUUCGAACGAGUGCUUGGAAUGGCGUGGAUUCCGGAGAAGGAUGUCUUCACAUUUUCACUGAAGUUUUGCGAGAAGGUGCGGAUUCUGCUAGAUGGGGACACGAUUCCGACAAAGAGAGAAAUGCUUCGGUUGGUCAUGAGCAUCUACGAUCCCUUAGGGCUGGUAGCAUCAUUUGUCGUACACGGAAAAAUCCUAAUUCAGGAUGUUUGGCGAAGUGCAACGGACUGGGACAGCAAUAUUCCCUUGGAGAUAGCUACACGCUGGUUUGAAUGGUUGGCAGUAUUGAGGAACAUGACCGGACUACGUAUACCUCGGUGUUAUUUUCCAGGUUACGAUCCGGAAAGCUUCAAAAGUCUCGAGCUGCACAUAUUCGUAGACGCGAGUGCUCAGGCGUUUGCUGCGGUGGCGUAUUUUCGCAUAAUAGAUCGAGGGCAAGUCAGAGUUUCGCUUGUCUCGUCGAAGACGAAAGUUGCACCACUCCGAGGAGUGUCGAUUCCACGGUUGGAGUUGAUGGCAGCGUUGCUAGGAGCUCGUUUGCGGAAAAGUAUCGUAGAAAAUCAUUCACUAGAGAUUAAAAAGACCUGUUUCUGGAGCGACUCGUCUACGGUUUGUUCCUGGAUAAAAUCGGACACCCGUCAGUAUCGCCAGUUCGUCGCUUUCAGAGUUGACGAAAUAUUGAGCCUUUCAAGCAUCGAGGAAUGGCAGUGGAUUUCGACAAAGGUCAACGUGGCAGACGAAGCCACAAAGUGGGGAAAGGGCCCUUCGUGCAAUACAGAAAGCCGUUGGUUCCAGGGACCUGAAUUUCUUUACAACAGCAGCGGUACAAAUUGGUCGACGGUUCCGGAAGAUGGCACAGAUGAAAGCGACAGGGAGUUACGCGAGGCAUUCGUAUGCAGUCAUCUCGUAAAGCAAUCGGUAGUGGAGACUGCAAGAUUUUCACGAUUCGAAAGAAUGUUACGGUCGAUAGCGUACGUUCAUCAUUACGUUGAUAGCCUGCGUGCAUCGAAGAACGUUGGAUCUACAGGUACGGUUGGGUUGACUAGUGCUGAGAUUCAGAAAGCGGAAAGAACGCUGUGGUUGAUCGCGCAGUCUGAAGCGUUCCCAGACGAGGUGGCGACAUUAAAGCAGAAUGCGGAAGGAAGUAGGGCACAGAAGCAAAUAGGCGUGGCCAGUAGCCUAGUAAAGAUGUCACCAUUCGCAGACGAGUACGGAGUGCUAAGGGUAGGUGGUAGAGUUGCUGCUGCGCAAAUUCUAGCCUACGACUCGAAGUUUCCUAUCAUCAUGCCGAGAAACCAUCGGAUUACGGAACUGCUGCUGGACUUCUACCAUCGGAAGUACGGUCAUGCCAACGAUGAGACCGUAGUCAACGAGGUUCGUCAGAGAUUCCACAUUCCACGAUUGCGAGUGGAAGUUCGUUUGACCAGAAAACGCUGCGUGUGGUGCCGUGUAUACAAGACAAUGCCAGUUGCUCCUAAAAUGGGACCACUACCAGCGGUGCGAUUGGAACCGUGUGUGCGUCCAUUCACCUACGUGGGCGUAGAUCUCUUUGGACCGUACUCGAUAAAGGUCGGACGAAGCGUAGCUAAACGAUGGGUGUGCCUUUUCACUUGCCUCACAAUCAGAGCCAUCCAUCUUGAGGUAGUGUCCAGUUUGUCUACCGAUGCUUGUAAAAAGGCGAUCCGGAGGUUUGUAGCACGACGAGGCGCUCCACAGGAAAUCUACUCCGACAAUGGGACAAACUUUGUUGGGGCGGGCCGGGAUCUGUAG